AGAAGACAAUAGACUAAGUUUAUUAGAAUAAGUGAUAUAUAAUAUUAUAACAACAAAUAUAAACAUUUGUAACAAUGGACUAAAAAAAUUUAUUUUUUUUAAUAAAUUUACAUCUAUAUAAAAAAAAAUUUAAUUUAAAACUUAUAAAUAUAUAUAUAUAUAUAUAUAAAAAAUUUAAUCUUUGAACUAUUUUAUUAAAUAAUUAAAAGUAUUAUAUAAAAUAUUAAUGUUUCUUGAAUAUCAAAAUUUUUUUAAUAUCAUUUUUAAAUAAGUAACAAAUUGUAAGCAACAAAUAAAACUACAUUCUUCGCGCGUUUUAAUAUAUUGCCCAAUGAGAAGCAAAAGAAUAACGCAUUACAUUCCAUUCUGUUUCGUUCUGCCACCAUAUCGAAUGCAUUCGUAACCGGUUAGCUUUUGCGAACGCCACCUUACUACGCUGUAGAAUUGUGAACGAACCAGCAUUGAUUCUAUUUAUAUCUGCCAUUUUGCAAUCGGUAAACUCGACUGCAUCUUUUCAUUCAAAAAUCUAAUUUCCGGAAAUAAAUUUAAUUGGAUGUAAAUCCAUCGUGGAACGGUAUCCCUUAAUGAUAAAUUGACAACCGGUCUCAAACGAUUUUAGUAUAAUCUGUCCACGUCCACAGUCAACGACGAGAAGUUAUAACAAGAAAGAGAUAAAUUUUUUUUCUACCUUACCAUCCCGACUAGUGAGUCAUAAUUACACGGUAAUGACAUUUGUGUCACACGCGGUACACUACAUUUCACCUGCUGAGCGUUUUCUCAAGGUCUCUAUAUUUAUAUGCAUCUUGAAACAAUUUCAUUUAAUGCGCCUACACAUCAUUGAUGGUUGUGUAUUAUACAGCAUUUUUUAGAUAAUAUUUUAAACAUUAUUAUUUUAACUCAGUUCAAUUGGUGGACAGUUUUAUUUACACUGGACCAUUUUUAUUUGUCUACUAGCCUUGUCCUCUCUUAAAGAUACAUGUAAGUGUUCUUCUACGGUUACGAUUUUUAUGCGUCAACUUCGAUCGUAUACUAUACAUAACAUAAUUCACAUUUAAUUUUUUAAUAUUUUUUUUCAUUAUUUUAUAAUUUGGGAUAUUCUUUCUGAAAUAAUUCUCUUGCGUUUUGUGAUUGUUAGCGAUUCGUUAUUAGUAGGUUAGAUUGACAUCGCAUUUAUCGUAUAUAGAUGCGUAGAAUGCCAUUGUAUCAUUAAUGACAUAGAAUAAUUUUGAGUUAUAUUUAAUUUUUAAAACAAUUUUUUAAAAUAUUAAAAAACAAAAUUAAAAUAUUGUCAAAAUGAUGGACAUUGAUCCUCCACAAUUUGUGUCCAAAGAUGAUGAAAUUCAAUAUUGGAUGGAACUUGCUCAUCAAAUACAUAGAAGGAAAGAGGAUAUAGAAAGAGAAUUGGAAGAAUUUCAAGAAAAUUCACAAUUGUUAGAAAAAGAACUUGAAGCAUCAUUAGAACAAGCAGAAAAAACUAACAGAGAAUUACGACAACGAAAUACAAGACUAGCUACUGAAGUUGAACAAUUAAGAACAAGAUUAGAUCAACAAACAACAGAUUGUGCAAUGUUUCAAGGAAAAGCUCAAGACUUACAAACACAACAUGAUCAUUUAUUAAAGUACAUAAGAGAAUUGGAACAAAAGAAUGAUGACUUAGAAAGAGCUCAUAGAAUAAAUAGGGUAACGGAAGAAGAAAUAGAAGCUAAACUUAAUUCUGCUAUUGAAAAGAAUGCUUUAUUAGAAUCAGAACUUGAUGAAAAAGAAGCUUUAAAAGUUAUAGUACAAAGACUAAUGGAUGAAAUAAGAGAUUUAAAACAGGAAAUUCAAGUACAAGAAAGGCACCAACCUGAUAAUGAUAAAUCAGCUGACAGAGUUCGGAACCAUGUUGAUAGUAAUAAACUUCAAGUUGAAUUGGAAGCACACAUGUCGCCUAGUAAUCCAAUAGUACCACAAUCUAUACCUCCAAAUAAUACAACAACUUCACCAUUAAAAAUUGGAAACAAAGUUGUAGGAGGUGUAACUGGAAACAACAAUAACAAUAAUAAUGUGAAUCCACCGCUGACACCAUGUACAAGAAUAUUAGCAAUGAAUAUGAUUGGUGAUCUUAUGAGGAAAGUUGGUGCAUUGGAGAAUAAAUUAAACACAUGUCAAAAUCCAUCUCGAGAGGAUCAAGCUGUCCGUGAUCUUUACAGGACUAGACGCCAAGUUCGAGGUUUUGCCUCUGGCAACUGCAACCACAUUCGAUUAUAAACAACGGAUAAUAUUCCAACAAAAAAUUUUGUGCAUUAUAUUUGUAUGAUUAUACAUAUUAUUUAACUAAAAAAAUCUCAUUUGUUAAUUUAUUAUAAAUCUGUAUGAAAAAUGAUAUCAUUUUAAUCAAUUUAUUUAUUAUUAUUAUUGUUCAUUUAAUUAUUUUUUUCAUCAAGUUUGUGAUUUUUAAACAUUUUUCUACAAUUUAAAAAUAUAUCUGGCAAUGUGGAAGAAAUUUGUAAAUAAACAUUCGAAAUUGUAAGUAUUAAUAUUGCGAUUAUAAUAAAUGAUUUAAUAAAAUUAA